CUUACCAUCGCAUGUGGACUGCCACCCGAACGACCCUAGGACAACAAGAUCGAGCUGGAGCCCGGCGCGCAGCCUACUGUACGCACGCAAUGGUGCCUGACUCAGCUGGAGCUACACAAAUUGUGAAACCAGCUGGACUACCUGCUGGCAAAGGGGUUUAUUCGGCCGAGCACAUCUCUGUUCGCAGCACCGAUCCUGUUCACCGAGCCCUUAAUCGGGUAACGAUAAAAUCACGCUACCCAAUACCACGCACGGAUGAACUGAUCGACAACCUUCACGGAGCUCGCUAUUUUUCGAGGAUAGAUCUUCGCGGCGGUUACCAUCAAAUUUGGGUGUUCGCGGACGACUGUCACAAGACUGCGUUCCGUACUCGCUACGGAAGUUACGAAUACACGGUGAUGCCAUUUGGAUUAACGAACGCCCCCUCGAUGUUCCAACUCACCAUGAACGGGGUGUUCCGCGAUCUACUCGACAAAUGUGUGAUCAUUUACCUCGAUGACAUCCUGAUCUACAGCAAGAUCCGAGAGCAACAUUUAAAGGACCUGGAAGCGGUUUUUCAUCGGCUGCAGCAGCAUCGUCUCAUCACCAAGGGCUCCAAGUGCGAGUUUUUAAAACAAGAACUGGAGUUCCUGGGGCACGUGAUCUCCACGGAGGGGAUUCAAAUAGACCCGAAAAACCUACGGGCUAUUCAGGAGUGGAAUCCGCCAACAAAUCUGCAGCAGCUGCAAUCAUUUUUGGGUUUUGUGAAUUACCAAGCUGCGUUCGAGGCAUUAAAAACUCUUUUAAUGUCACCACCAGUACUUCGCAUCGCUGACCCGGAACGGCCCUUCGAAGUCAUCACCGACGCAAGUGACAUCGUCAUCAGAGCAGUGCUCAUGCAAGAUUUUGGCAAUGGUCUUCAACCAAUCGCAUACGAGUCUCGGAAAAUGCAAUCUGCUGAGCGCAACUACCCGGUACACGACAAGGAGAUGCUGGCGAUUGUCCACGCGUUCAAAAUCUGGAGGUGCUACCUGACUGGAGCAGACGUGACGCUGCGAACCAAUCACAAAUCUCUACAGUACCUGAGGGCACAGCCGAAUCUCAACCCGCGGCAGAUACGCUGGCUGGACUAUCUGGAGUCCAACUUCACGUACAAGAUCAUGUAUAAAAAGGGCGCCAACAAUAUUGCCGAAGCCCUCUCCAGACCAUCUGCCCAACUCGCAGCAGUACUAGUCACCCAGAGCAACCCGCUACUAAUCCACGAUUCGAAUUUAUCGGGACAUUUCGGGGUUGAUAAAACUUUGAAGACGUUGCAGCGGUUUGAUUGCUGGCCAGAUAUGGUGACGGACGUGCAGUGUUACGUGGCUGCUUGCCCGAUCUGCCAGCGAAUCAAGUCAUCACACCAGCGACCUACAGGACUGUUGCAGCCCCUCGAGCCACCUCAACGCCCAUGGCAACACGUGACGAUGGAUUUCGUUACAGGUCUACUGGCCGGACCCUGCAGAAACGACGUAGUUCUGGUUGUCGUCGACCGAUUGACGAAAAUCGCGCAUUUCACACCAUGUCGUACAACCAUCACAGCCGAAGAAACUGCGCGCCUGUUCAUCUCGACUGUUGUUCGCCUACACGGGAUACCAGCAGCAAUCAUUAGCGAUCGAGACCCGAAGUUCACGUCAAAAUUCUGGCUGGACACAUGGGGUCGAUACGGCACGCGUCAGCAAAUCUCAUCCGCUUAUCAUCCCCAAACGGACGGCCAGACUGAAAGGACAAAUCAAACGAUAGAGCAGCUGAUUCGGACAAACUGCCCCGACCGGAAAAAAUGGGAGGACGUGCUUCCCAUGUUGGAAUUUUCCUACAACAACGCACCCUCGGCUACGACUAAUCACUCCCCAUUUUAUCUCAAUUACGGGAUGGACCCUAGAGUACCAGUCUCCACCAACGUUGAGAGUCAAGUACCACAAUCGCGGCAGUUCGUCGAAGAAUUACAGACUGCUCGAGACAAAGCUUUCAAACUUAUUUGCAAAGUGAACGCUACUGCCCGACGGUAUGCGGAUUUACAUCGACGGGAUAUUACAAUGGCAGCAGGGCAACUAGUCCUGUUGGACACCAAGAAUUUACGACUGCCACUACCGACGAAAUUACGACCACGUUUCUGUGGCCCAUUCAAGAUCAUGAAGAUGGUGACGCCGGUGACCACCCAGUUACGCCUACCUGAUGACUGGCGUAUUCACAACAAGUUCCACGUGAGCCUGUUGCGACCCUUCGUUCCUGACACGUCGGACAUCGCUCGACAGCGAUUGUGAUUGAACACUUCGUUAUUCAGUUC